AUGCCGAUCACGAAAAUUCACGCCCGUCAGAUCUACGAUUCUCGUGGUAAUCCAACCGUUGAGGUAGAUCUUUAUACGGAUAAAGGUGUUUUUCGUGCGGCCGUUCCGUCAGGAGCCUCAACUGGGGUGCACGAGGCUCUGGAACUUCGCGAUAAAGACAAGAACGUUCACCAUGGAAAGGGUGUUUUGAAGGCUGUUGCUAACAUCAAUGAUAAGAUCGCUCCAGCUCUUAUUGCCAAGAACUUCUGUGUGACUCAGCAGCGAGAUAUUGACCAAUUCAUGUUGGCUUUGGAUGGGACUGAGAACAAGUCGAAUCUUGGUGCUAAUGCUAUCUUGGGUGUUUCUCUUGCCGUUGCAAAAGCUGGUGCUGUUCACAAGGGUAUGCCGCUCUACAAGUAUAUCUCCGAACUUGCUGGUGUUAGCAAGGUUAUUCUACCCGUGCCAGCAUUCAAUGUGAUUAAUGGUGGCUCGCAUGCUGGAAACAAGCUUGCAAUGCAGGAGUUCAUGAUUCUACCUGAUGGGGCCUCAAGUUUCUCCGAGGCCAUGAGAAUGGGAUCUGAAGUUUAUCAUCACCUUAAAUCUGAGAUCAAGAAGAGAUAUGGCCUUGACGCCACUGCAGUUGGUGAUGAGGGGGGAUUUGCUCCCAAUAUUCAAGACAACAAGGAAGGACUGGAUCUUUUGAAGACUGCUAUUGAACUCGCUGGUUAUACUGGGAAGAUUUCGAUAGGUAUGGAUGUGGCUGCUUCCGAGUUUUUCAAAGAGGGAAAGUAUGACCUUGACUUCAAGAACCCGAAAUCCGAUCCAAGCCAAUGGUUGACUGGGGAUCAAUUGGCUGCACUCUACCAAACCUUCAUCAAAGAAUAUCCCGUUGUGUCGAUAGAAGAUGCUUUCGACCAAGAUGACUGGGAUAACUGGGGCAAAUUUAAGGCAGCGACCACUAUCCAACUUGUUGGAGAUGAUCUCACCGUGACAAAUCCGAAACGUAUUCGCCAAGCUGUUGAAAAGAAGAGUUGCAAUUGCUUACUCCUGAAGGUGAACCAGAUUGGCUCCGUUACCGAGUCAAUCGAGGCGGCUAAAUUAUCCCGCUCACAUGGUUGGGGCGUUAUGGUUUCCCACAGAUCAGGGGAAACUGAAGAUACCUUCAUUGCCGACCUCGUUGUUGGCCUUGCCACUGGACAGAUUAAAACGGGCGCGCCUUGCCGUUCCGAGCGUCUAGCCAAGUACAACCAGUUGCUCCGUAUUGAGGAAGAACUCGGAAAAGAUGCGAUUUACGCAGGAAAGAAUUUCCGCAACCCCAACUUCUAA